UCAUAUUUCAAACAAAGCGGCGUCUGUGUUUUUGGGUGUUGUUAUUGUUAUCGUGUGGGUCCACCAUGGAGGAGCUGAGCGCCGUCGGCGAGCAGGUUUUCGACGCCGAAUGCAUCCUCAACAAAAGACUCCGAAAGGGAAAGUUGGAGUUUCUGAUCAAGUGGAGAGGGUGGUCGUCCAAACACAACAGCUGGGAACCCCAAGAGAACAUUCUUGAUCCCAGACUUCUGGCAGCCUUCAACAAAAAGGAGCAAGAGAAGGAGCUUCUGAUCCGGAAACGUGGGAAAAGGCCAAGAGGGCGACCACGGAAGAUGCCCGAAAAUGUACCAGAGGCCACCAAGUCCAACAGCUCUUCCUCAGGAUCCUCAUCUACAUCCUCUGAUUCCUCAUCUUCGUGUUCCUCAUCGUCCUCGUCCUCCUCGGAAGAAGACAACGUCGAGGAGCAGGCGAGCCCUAGAAUCCGAACACGAGACCUCCACCCCCAUCCUGUCCCCCAAAAGAAGGCGCAGAUUGUGUUGGCCAAACAGGAGCCCCCCAAAAAACGUGGUCGCAAAUCUCUGAGCCAAGGCCUUCAGAAAAUCCUCAAGAAGGACUCCGAUCUUCCUGGUUCCAUUAAGAAGCCAGUUCACCUGGCCAGCUUUGCCUUUAUGGGUUUUCAUCGGGGUUCCGGCAGGGGUGCAGCAAGUGGUCCCAACCGCAGUUCCACCCCAGAUGGAGGAACUUCAAGAAACUCCUUGAGCUCAGUGGGAUCAGGCAGAUCAAUCCCGCCUUCUCCCAUCCAUCUGAUGAAAUCGAGCCCAGGCAGGAAUAUCACUGAGGGGAAACUGUCCAUUUCCAGUCUGGAUUCGUGCAAAACUAGAGGGGUGGCAGCUUUGAAUUUGAAUGCACCCAAACAUCAUGUCCAAGGAUCCCCCCAGCGUACCACAAAUUCCCCCAGUGUACAAAAGGCUCAUGUGCUCCAGAGAAUAACCAAUGCAAAAGCCAUGGCGGCCCAAGCAGAAAAGAACAUCGCAACCAACCAACCUCUCAAUCUUCACAACAAAGUAACUCAAGGCAACAAAUCGCCUGGGCCCAGCCCUGGUUCAGCUUUGAGAAACGCCACACAUCCUGAACGGAAAACUAACCAAAACCAGGAGUACAAACGCCCCCAUAGUCCCACUCCCCCGGGAGGAACCCGCAUACCUGCCCCAGUCAAAGACCUGACAGAAAUUCAGACCUACAGAGGGAAGCUAGACAAAAGUGAGGUCCAUAUAACCGAGAACCACCUGGAAAGAGCGGCCUCCAAAGAUGGCAAGAUGAGCACGGGUGAGGACGAGAGUAGCUCUGACUCUGACCAGGACUCGUCAGAUGCUGGUCAGGAGCGUGUGGCAGUGGUCCAUACCCAAGACUGGAAGCCCACCCGCAGUCUGAUAGAACACGUGUUUGUCACGGACGUCACUGCCAACCUAGUCACAGUCACGGUAAAAGAGUCACCCACCAGUGUGGGAUUCUUCAGCAUCCGGAACUACUGACUGGACCUCAAACACUUCACCUGACCAUCGCAUCAGGACACUUCAUGAUUGUAAUUUAUUUGCUCACGUUAUUUGAUACCAUGAUACUUUUACAUGUGUUUUAAUUCAAAUCCAUGGGAGUCCAAUCAAACAUCUAACGAACAAGGGUAUAUAAAGCCCACCAGGACAACCACAGGAAUUUUGCGAGUGAAUCCCUUGCUGCAUGGGAGACAACCGGGAAGCCGGAAAUAUUUAACACGGAGUUUACAGGGUCCAAAAUCAAACUAUUCCAUAUAAAUGUAAGAAUUGGAUUUGAUUGUCGACUGUUGACGAAAAAGUCACGGGAGUCUAGACAAAAAUCAAGGGUAUUGAAAGCCCGUCUGAGCAAAAACCCAAAGUCAGGAGGUGAAUUGCUUGCUGCAUUUAAGAUAACCGGGAAGUUGGAAAUUGUCUCACUUGGAGCUUAAAGGGUCUAAGAUCAAAAGGUUUCAGUCAAACAAACUUCAAAUCCAUUAAGACAUUUCAAAUCCAUUAAGACAUUUGACCAUCUGCUGUUCUUCUGUCAAAAUGUCCAUCAUACUUUAUCUGUGUUUUCAUCUAAGUUCACGGUAGAUCACACAAACAUUUGAUGAUACAAACAAAGAUGAUAAUCUCUUGGUUCAUUCACGACCACAGUGAAGUCUGAAAUAUCUCACACGGAGCUUACAGGGUCCAAUGUCAAAACAUAUUGGUCAAACAAACCAUAACAAAAAAAUCUCAAGAUUGUAGUUGAACUGAUGAUAAAACUGACUGCCUAAAUUAUUUUGGAAAUGCAGUACAGUUUAUUUCCAAAGGUAUUUGCUCAUCUGCCUUGACUCACAAACGAUCCCAUUCUAAAUCCAUCCAAAGUGCCACGGUAGAUCAGAUCAGAUGGAAACCAUUUGCUCAACAUUUCUGAGGUCCCGGGUUCAAUCCCAGACACGCCUGUGUGGAGUUUGCACGUUCUUCCCGUGUCUGCAUUGGUUUUCUCCGGGCACUCCGGUUUCCUCCCACAUCCCAAAAACAUCCAACAUUAAUUGACACUCUAAAUUGCUCCUAGAUGUAAUUGUGAGUGCGGCUGUUUGUCUCUAUGUGCCCUGCGAUUGGCUGGAAACCAAGUCAGGGUGUACCCCACCUCCUGCCCAUUGACAGCUG